CUGUUACCCCUCGUGGAGGAGUAUAGGUCAACUUAUACUAAUAACCAAUAGAAAACAACCAUGUCAAAUUAUAUAACUUAUAUCAUUUUAUAAACAGUUUUAAGGAGGGGAGGGGAAGGGGAAACAAAUGAGUACUCAUUUGUUUAACCCCUCACCCCCCCUACACUUCCCCUUCUUGUCUAUUAGUACUUAUACAAUAUUAAUAGUAAUAAAUUAUUGAUCAUAUAUGUACUUUGAUUAAAAUCAGUAGUGUGUAUAGUGAGGUAAUGGUAUAUGACUAGAUCAUAUUAAGAUUGUGAUCCGUUAGUUCUUUCUUUAAAGAGGAGACCAUUUAACUUUUACUAUUUAACCAUCUCUUUUAUAUUCAAUGUUCAAUAAUGAAGAAAUGGUUUCAUCAUCAUCAUCAUCUUAUUUACCAUUAUGGGCAUGGUAUUAUUUAUAUAUAACAGGUAUUAUAUUUCUAUGUACAUUAUGUAUAUUAUGUUAUUUACAAAAAUGGUUAUGUUUUAAAAUAAUCAUACGGAAACAAUGGUGUAAUAAAAAUGCAAUAGGUAAUUUUUGUCAUCAAGUGACCUUAUUUGGCUACCGUGAGACUAUAAAUUUGUGGAUGAACCAAUCAGGUUUUGGAUUUUGGCGCGAAAUUCGUUCAUCCAUUUGUCUAAAUACCAUUUCGGCGCUAUAGUUGUUGUCAUUUCAUAAUGGAAACCAUAAAUUUAAUUUCUUCACACUUAUUUAUAACCUUUAUUGAGUUCCUAGUUUACAGGUGACCACUCUCAAUGUCAUUUUAGCAUUGCUCAAAGGUCGUCCAACGAAAAUUAUAAUCACACUGUAAAAUGGGAAAUAUUCCACUUUGGACUUCUGUUGAGUUUGAUCAAUAAAAAAGUCAUAUGAAUAAUACACUUGUUUGACUAUUUAAAAUCAAUAUUCUUAGUUUAAAAAAAUAUAUUCUGAUAUAAGAUGGUGGUUGGAGGUGGUUAACAGGAAACCCUGGACCCGGGUU